UUGAGUUCAGAGUGUAAGGAAGAAAAGAUCCAACCCAACUGGGCCUGAGACUGAGAUGUUGUGAUUCACAUGCCUAUCUCCCGAAAAGAAGGCAGAAGGUCCUUUUUAUAGCUUUCCUCAGUUCCAUCCUUCGCUUUCACAAUCUCCGUGGUUGUACAUAAUUGCACAACCGCCCUUUACCGAGUCCGUUAUUCCGUGACUACGUUGAUGAUCCCUUGUUACCACAACAAGGAUUCUGCAAAAAGUAUGGCUCCUUUUCCCCUUGAUUGAUGUGGGGAUGUAUCACGAACUAGGCAAGAAAGUCAGUUUUUAAAAAAAAUCCUGUUUCAAUCCAGGUGUGCUUCAGCUAUGCAGUUCAGCAGCGUGUUUCCCCUAGAGGGAAAAGCAUGUAUGAGCCCAGUGAGGAGAGGCGGUGAAGGCGCUUGGAGUGAGAGGGUGAGGAUUGGGAACUCCUGCAGCAUCAGGCGCAACAAGGCAUUGAGGAGGAUGUGUUUUGGUGCAAGGGGUGCUGUGAGCAGCGCUCAGUGCGUGCUCACAUCAGAUGCUGGCCCAGACACUCUUGUCGUCCGAACAUCCUUUCGGAGGAAUUAUGCUGAUCCUAACGAAGUUGCCGCCGUUAUUUUGGGUGGUGGUACUGGGACUCAGCUUUUCCCUCUCACAAGCACAAGGGCCACUCCUGCUGUUCCUAUUGGAGGAUGUUACAGGCUUAUUGAUAUCCCCAUGAGCAACUGUUUCAACAGUGGCAUAAACAAGAUAUUCGUCAUGACUCAGUUCAACUCAGCUUCUCUUAACCGUCACAUUCACCGUACGUAUCUUGGUGGGGGAAUCAACUUCACUGAUGGAUCUGUUGAGGUGCUGGCUGCAACACAAAUGCCUGGGGAGGCUGCUGGUUGGUUCCAGGGCACAGCAGAUGCUGUUAGAAAAUUUAUCUGGGUACUUGAGGAUUAUUACAAGCAUAAAGCUAUAGAGCACAUUUUGAUUUUGUCAGGAGAUCAGCUCUAUCGUAUGGAUUACAUGGAGCUUGUGCAGAAACAUGUAGAUGACAACGCAGACAUUACUUUAUCGUGCGCUCCUGUUGGAGAGAGUCGAGCAUCUGACUAUGGAUUAGUCAAGUUCGACAGUUCAGGCCGUGUAAUUCAGUUCUCUGAGAAACCAAAGGGGGCUGCCUUGGAAGAAAUGAAAGUGGAUACCAGCUUUCUUAAUUUCGCCAUUGACGACCCAACUAAAUAUCCCUAUAUUGCUUCAAUGGGAGUUUACGUUUUUAAGAGAGAUGUUCUUUUAGACCUUCUAAAGUCAAGGUAUGCUGAACUGCAUGACUUUGGUUCUGAAAUUCUGCCCAAAGCUUUACAUGAGCACAAUGUACAGGCGUAUGUCUUCACUGACUACUGGGAGGACAUUGGAACAAUCAGAUCAUUCUUUGAUGCAAACAUGGCCCUCUGCGAGCAGCCUCCAAAGUUUGAGUUUUAUGAUCCGAAAACACCAUUCUUCACUUCCCCUCGGUACUUGCCACCAACGAAGUCGGAUAAGUGCAGGAUUAAAGACGCGAUCAUUUCGCAUGGCUGCUUCUUGCGUGAAUGUGCCAUUGAGCAUUCUAUUGUCGGUGUUCGUUCACGCCUAAACUCUGGAUGCGAGCUCAAGAACACCAUGAUGAUGGGUGCGGAUUUGUAUGAGACUGAAGACGAGAUUUCACGGCUACUAUCAGAGGGCAAGGUGCCCAUUGGGGUAGGGGAGAAUACAAAGAUAAGCAACUGCAUCAUCGACAUGAACGCGAGGGUCGGAAGAAACGUCUCUAUAACAAACACCGAGGGCGUCCAAGAAGCUGACCGGCCGGAGCUAGGAUACUACAUCAGGUCUGGGAUCGUGGUGAUCCUGAAGAACGCAACCAUCAAGGACGGCACCGUCAUAUAGAGACAAUCUACCCAUGGUGCAGUGCAAGGCUACAGGUUCUCAUCACUCGUCGUCUUGAGAGUUAGUUUGAGGCGCCCAACCUUGACUUGAGCUUAGGGACAAGAAUAGAGGAAGAAGAUGGGCUGGUGCCGGAUGCAAUGGAAGACAAGAGAAAUGGUUUGAUGCUAUAUCAUCGGUUCCAGUAGCUCUUCCUGAUGUUAUAUGUAGCUGAGUAGUGUGAACAGUGCAAUAAGCUGGGCGAGCAAAGCCGCAGCAACUUUUGGGGAUCGUUGGUGCAUCUUGUAAAUAAACUCGGACACAACAAAUGGAACUUGCCCGUCA